GUCUGCAGCGAAAGGGCGAACACUGCCUGCCUGUCAGUCAUAUCUCUCCUGACCCUCUCUCUUUCUCUCUCUCUCUCCGGCAGCUGGUGGGACUUAACACAUAAAGUCUAUCUCCAACAUUGAAUGGAAAUCACUAGCCGGUAGCUUCUCUUACUGUACUCAUGCCACACAAUCGACUAAACAGGAAGCUGGCUGUGGACACCAAGGAACUUAAUAUCUGACAGCUACUUCAGUCGGAGGCACCAUUAAUCCUCUACAAACCUCACUUAUCCAAGGAUUAAUUCAAGCACGCCGGGAUUGCUGUCAGCUUUCUUUUCUCCCCUAUCUUUCUACAAUGGAAUUUAAUCUGCUGGCAGACUCAGAGACUCGCAGCCCACCUCUUUCCCUGUCAGAUUCUGGGACCCCUCAGCAUGAACAGAGCUGUAAAGGGCAGGACAACAGUGACACUGAGAAGUCGCAGCAAAACCACACAGAUGACUCCAAUCCAGAAGAUGGUUCCCUAAAGAAGAAACAGAGGAGGCAGAGAACUCACUUUACUAGUCAACAGCUUCAAGAACUGGAAGCUACUUUUCAGAGGAAUAGAUAUCCGGAUAUGAGCACCAGAGAGGAGAUAGCCGUUUGGACCAAUCUCACUGAGGCCCGAGUCAGGGUAUGGUUCAAGAACCGCAGGGCCAAAUGGAGGAAACGAGAAAGAAAUCAACAAGCUGAGCUUUGCAAGAAUGGCUUUGGGGCACAGUUCAAUGGACUAAUGCAGCCAUAUGAUGAAAUGUACCCAGGUUACUCAUACAACAAUUGGGCUACCAAAGGCCUUACUACCAGCCCUUUGUCAGCAAAGAGCUUUCCCUUUUUCAACUCCAUGAAUGUCAGCCCCCUCUCCACUCAGCCAAUGUUUUCUCCAUCCAAUUCCAUCUCAUCUAUGACCAUGCCUUCUUCUAUGGUGCCCUCAGCUGUCACUGGAGUGCCAGGGUCCAGCCUGAACAACUUGGGAAACAUCAACAAUCUUAACAGCCCAACCCUUAAUUCGGCUGUGUCAGCCAGUGCUUGCCCAUAUGCUUCUACUGCCAGCCCCUAUAUGUAUAGGGACACUUGUAACUCCAGCUUAGCAAGCCUCCGACUCAAAGCCAAGCAGCAUGCAAAUUUUGCUUACCCAGCAGUGCAGAAUCCAUCUACCAAUCUGAGUCCUUGUCAGUAUGCUAUGGACAGGCCUGUAUGAGUCCUCAUUGAUGAAUGACUUAAUAAUAUCUGCAAUGGAUGAUCUGUGUAUGUAUGCUUUGGGGAAAAGGCCACUAUAAAGUGUCAACAGACAGAUGACAUAACUCAGUAUAAAUGGUUUGUUCUGACUGCAAUGAACUGUUCAAAAAGAAAACAAGACAGAUACUGAGCUAUGGAUAAGAAAGACCACUUUACCUAUGAUUCCUUGCUGACUUCAGCUACCACCCCUCUUCCCUCCCUCCCUCCUUUCCUUCCUUCCUUCCUUCCUUCCCUCCAUCCUUCCUUCCUUCCUUCCUUCCUU